UUUUUAAUUUGCAUCAAAAUUUCACACUAAUAAUGCACCACCAGCACCACCGCUAGCCGCCAUUAAAAACUUUAACAGCACUGACAUGUCUCCACCACACUCGCCACUCUCCGCCGCCGCCAUCAUCUUCAUCCUCCUGGUCAUCCCGGCGGCCACAACCACCAUCUCAGCCGCCACCAACUUCAAAACCGAAAAAUACACCUGGGGCCCCUUUGACGCCUCCUACUACGACAACUUCUCCGUCCUCCACGGCAACAUCAACUUCGGCGCCCUCCAGGUCACGCCGGAGAGCGCCGGUGACGUCAGCCUCAACAACAUCUCCGGCAGAGUCUUCAACGACGAACCCUUCACUCUCUGGACCGACGAUUCCACACUCUUCUCCUUCAACACCUCCUUCCUCGUCAACGUUUUCCGCGUCAACAACACCAUCCCCGGCGAAGGCAUCGCGUUCCUCAUUGCACCGAAUCUCACCAUCCCUAACAACAGCUACGGAGGUUUUCUCGGCCUUACAAACGCCACCACCGACGGCAGCUCCGACAACAAGAUCGUCGCCGUUGAGCUCGACACCGUGAAGCAGGUCUACGAUCCAGACAACAACCACAUCGGUCUGAACAUCAACUCCGUCAAUUCCACCGUCACCGUUCCACUGUCCAAAUUCGGUUACGAGAUCUCACCAAACGGUACAGCGUUCUACGUGAUCUGGAUCGACUACGACGGUUCACGCAGGGUCAUAAACGUCUUUAUGGCUCCCCAGCCCGAUAAAGACAGUCCAACAGUGGCAAAACCGUCAAAACCGGUGUUGAAUUCGACACUAGAUCUUCGAGAUUUGGUUAACCAGAAAUCCUUUUUCGGAUUCUCAGCUUCAACAGGGAAAACCAUUGAAUUGAACUGCGUCUUGAGAUGGAAUGUAUCAAUAGAAACCCUUCCCCAAAAAAGUAGCGGUAAUGGGAAGAACAAAGGGAUCUCGAUUGGGCUUGGUGUGGGCGUUCCUAUAGUGGUUAUCGGUGUUGGUGGUGUAGGUGUGUUCCUGUGGUGCUGCGUGUUGAGGAAAAAGAGUGAUAAUGGUUCGAAUUCUGAAAUUAUGGGCGCGCUUAAGAGCUUGCCUGGAACACCGAGGGAGUUUAAGUUUCAAGAAUUGAAGAAGGCUACGAAUAAUUUUGAUGAGAAGAACAAUAAACUUGGACAGGGUGGGUUUGGUGUGGUUUAUAGAGGGACUCUUCCAAUGGAGAAGCUUCAAGUGGCCGUUAAGAUGUUCUCUAGGGACAAGAUGAAGAGCACUGAUGAUUUCUUGGCUGAACUUACAAUCAUCAAUAGGCUCCGCCACAAGCACCUUGUCAAGUUACUUGGAUGGUGCCACAAGAACGGGGUGUUACUCUUAGUGUACGAAUACAUGCCUAAUGGAAGCUUAGACAACCACAUUUUCUUUGAAGAAGGAACAAGCAAAACCCCAUUAAGUUGGCAUCUAAGAUAUAAGAUCAUAUCAGGGGUAGCUUCUGCAUUGAACUAUCUACACAACGAGUAUGAUCAAAAAGUAAUUCACAGAGAUCUUAAAGCAAGUAAUAUAAUGCUAGACUCCGACUUCAAUGCACGGUUAGGCGACUUUGGUUUGGCCCGCGCAAUUGAAAACGAAAAAACAUCAUACGCGGAGCUAGAAGGAGUGCCAGGAACAAUGGGCUACAUUGCCCCAGAGUGCUUCCACACGGGCAAGGCCACGCGCGAAUCCGAUGUGUAUGGAUUUGGCGCGGUCUUGCUGGAGGUGGUGUGUGGACAGAGGCCAUGGACAAAGAAUUUGGACUAUCAGUUUCUUGUGGAUUGGGUUUGGCACUUGCACCGGGAGAGACGGAUACUAGAGGCAGUGGAUCCAAGGCUAGAGAAUGAGUUUGAGGCUGAAGAAGCAGAGAGGGUGUUGAAAUUGGGGUUAGCAUGCUCUCAUCCCAUUGCAAGUGAGAGGCCUAAGAUGCAGACAAUUGUUCAGAUCAUAUCAGGGUCAGUUCCUGUUCCUCAUGUCCCACCCUUCAAGCCAUCUUUUGUGUGGCCUGCUGUGGAUCUUGGAAGCUUUACAAGUGAUCUCACAUCACUAGCAAACACUGAGUACACUCCAAUUAACACACAAUCCUCUAUGAAUCUUGAGUUCUCAAGUAACAGUUCCUUGGUCUAAUAAUGUGGCCUGUUUUUUCUAAAAUAGAUUUUGUUUCAGUCCUGUUUGUUCACACAUCCAAAUCAAUUUUCGCCCCUUGAAAAUGUGGAAGAAGUUCAAUUCAGACUUUUUCCACUUCUUUGUUUUGAUUUGACUUGAUUGAUCAGUAAUUAAGUAUAUAUUCUUUAAUACAUAGUCCUUUUUUUU